CCUGUCAUUCUCCAUUUUCUGAUGUGAAAUGUCAGUAAUAAAUUAGGUGAGUAGAGCAUAUAUAGCAAUCUCAUCACCUCAAAGCAGCAUUACCACGUUGAUACACUCUACAACAAUGGCAGCUACAAAACUCAUUUUAGCUCUUCUCCUCUUCCUUCUAGUUUGUAGCUCCAAUAUUGCCAGCAGCAAAAACAGCAGAAGACCCAAGCCAUGUAGAAGGCUAGUGCUCUACUUCCAUGACAUUAUAUACAAUGGAAAGAACGCAAAGAAUGCAACAUCAGCAAUAGUGGGUUCACCAGCUUGGGGUAACAAGACCAAUUUGGCUAUACCAAAUCGCUUUGGAGACGUGGUUAUUUUUGAUGACCCCAUUACUCUAGACAGCAAUCUUCGCUCCACCCCCAUCGGACGAGCACAAGGGCUUUACUUGUAUGAUAAGAAAGAAAUUUUAACUGCUUGGUUUGGUUUCUCUUUUGUUUUCAACUCAACACAGCUCAAGGGUACUAUAAACUUUGCUGGGGCGGAUGAUAUAAUGAAGACUACUAGAGAUCUUUCUGUUGUUGGCGGUACCGGUGAUUUCUUCAUGACUCGAGGGAUAGCGACAUUGAUGACCGAUGCAUACGAGGAUGAUCGGUAUUUCCGGCUUCGUGUUGAUGUUCAAUUAUACGAAUGCUUUUAGCGAAGGACUCUGUUGA